CUCUUUUCUUCCUGUUAGAUACCACAACAGAUUCCCUAGCAUUUCACUGACAAAACACCCAGAAAAAUAAAAUAAAAUAAAUUCUCAUUCUCAAAUCCACUCAACACUCCUGUGGAUUUGAAACCCUCAAGGCCUCAACCAUAUCCUCUCUCUCUCUCUCUUAUAAAUCUAAAGGAAGUAAGUAGUUGGUAUGGCCCACCAAACUGCAAUUCAUGAUCGAAACGUGUGGGCUGCACAAGCAUUGUUUGGUGGGUGAGAACGGAGAAGGUUUUAUAAGCUUAAGAUCAUUGGUUGAUCGUUCUGAGCUACUGUGAGGCGAUAUUAAAACAGUUUUUAUAGUUUCACGCGGUUUAUUUGGGAAUGGGUUUCCAUCAACUAACUAACCAAACCGCGUUUCUUCUCCUCCUCCAGUUUUAAAUCCUCAACGCUUCGACCAACCCCAAAAUUAUAUUAUACUCUUAAGCAGAAAUCCAGCCUUCUGCUUCCUUUCCUCCUUGUUCUUCCUUCGUUAAACUAAAGCUUAGUGAAGAUGGUGAUGGCCUUCGUGUUGUUAGCAGUUUUCUUUGUUUGUGGCCUUGUCAACUCAUUAUUCUAUCUCCCUCCCAAGAAGCUUCUCGCAUGGAUUCAGGCUUUGAUUCCGAUUGCAAAACCUUCUUUGAUCACUUCACCUGCAACAACAACAACAACAACAUCUUCAGACAAGGCCGAGCUGAGAAACGUUUUCGCCACUUUUGAUAAGAAUAGUGAUGGCAUUAUAACCGAGGAAGAGCUCAGAGAGUCGUUGAAGAAUAUAGGGUUCUCUAUCACUGACACAGAUUUGGUUCACAUGGUGGAGAAGCUGGACUCAAACAGAGAUGGGCUGAUAGAUCUUGAGGAGUUCAGUAAGUUGUACGAGUCGGUAGGAAUAAGCAGGUCGAAGCAGAGAGGAGGGAGAGAUGGGGAGUUGUUGGAUUGUAGGGAAGAGGAAGAGGUGGAUGAGGAAAGGGAUUUGAAGGAGGCAUUCGAUGUGUUUGAUGGGAACAGAGAUGGGUUGAUCACGGUGGAGGAGCUGAGCUUGGUUCUGUCGUCUCUGGGGUUGAAGCAAGGGCUGAGGAGUGAGGAUUGUAGAGAGAUGAUCAAGUCAGUUGAUAUGGAUGGAGAUGGAAUGGUUAAUUUUGAGGAGUUCAAGAAGAUGAUGAUGAAGGCUGGUGGAAGCUGUGUGGGGAUUUCCUAAACAUCUUCUCUACCUGCGCUCUUCAGUUCUGUUAUCAAGAAGCUCUCUCUCUCUCUCCCUAAUGCCCUUUUUUCUGGGUUAGUCUGUUCUUGUCUUUUUUAUUUUUCUUUUUUGAUGUGGGACUCAGUCAGCUUCGAUUGUAGAUAAUUAGAUAUUAACAACUACAAAUCUCCAAGCAAUUAUGGUGGAGGGAAGUGGACGUGUUUGGGCAUUUUAAAGUUAUAGACUUUUCAACUUCUUUUGUGAAGUUUGACCUCUACACAUGGGGUGUUUGGCAACAUGUUUUUGUUUUGAAAAAUCAUACAAAGUGAACACCUCUUAAAAGGUACAAAGAGCUCUCUCUCUCUCUCUA